AUGGUAGAUGUCGUUACCGCCUCGCUGCAGUUCGAGACACUGGAAGGCCUGUUCUCGGGUAUGAGAUCAAUGAUGAACAGCGAUCAGUUUAACCGUCAUGACAUGCGUAUUUGUUGCGUGAGGAACCUCAUCAACGACUAUCUUUUGUCCGCCCAAGCUUAUAAGGAGCUGUUGGAAAAAGAGAGGUCGUUGCUUAUUGCCUCUAUCCACAAUGAGACCUCAGUGGCACUGGGCAUCAUCAUGGUCCUGGACGAUCCAUUUCCAGACCCCGCGGAUUGGCCCGCAGAGGAGCCCGCGAGCCCAGAUGAGAUUAUUGAUGAGAGACUUCAGACCGAUCUCGACGACCAAGAGGAGGAGGAGAUUGAAGAGCGCCGAGCUAAUGCCCAGGCCCAGGCACAGUCUAUCGGCUUGGAACUGAUGGGGGAUCUUCCGGACGCCGAAGUAAUAGCAUCGGACAAGGAGCUCUUUGUCUGCCAGCUUAAUGAGGUCACUGAGGAUGAGGACCUCAAGACGAUAUUCGAGCGUUUCGGACCGAUUAAAAGCUGUGAUGUGGUUAGAGACUUCAAGACUGGGGAAAGUCUGCAAUACGCAUUCAUAGAAUUUGAAACGAAAGAAGCAUGCGAGAUGGCGUAUGUGAAAAUGCAGAAUGUUGUUAUUGAUGACAAGAGAAUCAAAGUUGAUUUCUCGCAAAGUGUUAGUAAACAGUGGAGAGAAAUACGGCAGAAACAAAGAGAGGAGAUACGAAGAGCUGCAAGGGGCGAAAGGCCACGUAGACGUGAUGACAACGAGUGGGUUUAUAUGCUGAUGUGA